GCCUCUCUCCCCUCUUACUAAUCUCUAUCCCCAAAACCCUCCACUUUUUCCCGGUUCGUCUCUCCUCUCCGCAAUCGCAAUCUGAUUUCUAUUAUGGAUCAUUACAAAUCCCCAUCUGCUUUUUCACUCUGCCUGCGUUGUCUCGCCAAUUCCUUCUCCACAAAACACAAAUUCAAAAUGCAUAUGCAUUCAUGCUGCUACAUGAGUAUCAUAAAUAGAGCUAUGCACAUCACCUUGGUCCUGCACACCACCUUGGUUCUGAUAGUUUGAAUAUGGCUGAGAUAGAAGACGGGUCUCCUUCCAAUGUCUCUAUUCUUCUGUUAAUCAUUCAUUUUUUAUUUUUUAUUUUUUGCAGCUUAAGAGUUUUAAUAUGGCUGGUUUUUUGUUUUGUUUCACAGUCUCAUUCCCUGACUAUUGAUGAGCUCCUAGAAGAUAACUAUCCUUUCACUGCCUUUCGGAGAGGGGAGUUGAUUAGUCAACUCAUAAAAGCUCGAUACAAUCUGUUGAAUCAAAAAAAUGAACUAUCUAAUUUGAAGCAAAAACAAGCUGCAGUGGUUGGUGAAGCAGAGUCCAUAAUGGCUAGUUUGUCUAGUAGGAUGAAUUUCCUUGCGUUGGGUAAUUCCUUCAUGGUUAUUGCGGCCAAAUCGACCAUUUCUUGUAUUUCUUUGUUGUCAUCCAUCACAAUUACUGUGAUCCUCUUGGGUACCCUUGUGUUCCCGGUUUUUCUCACUUUCAUACGCAUGAGGGAGUUAUAUCUCGACUUCACUGAAUUGGCAAGGGAGCAACUUAAGAUGAUUGAACUUCUGGAAAAGCCUUACAACCUGGUGGAGUUAAUCUAUUUAUCUGGUUCUCCAGUUAGGUUAUCCUUGUUGGUGGAGAGUCAUUUUAAUGAGGUGAAUGGCAUGAUAAAGCGGGUAAAAUCAAUGAAUGGGUCCUUAUAUAGGAGCCUUUACAAUGGUUGUUUUCGAUCUGUCUCUAUAUCCCUGAUGGUAUAUGUUGGAACGGUAUUUUGGAUGGCCAACUGGGAAUCUUGUGAAACGUCUACCCCACCUGCAUCAUCUCCUGGAUUGGGUAGAAUCAGGUCUGCUCUGGUAUCAUCGUACUGAUGGAGUGAUUGGCAAAGAAUAAGAUUCAAAGUGGAAGUUAACAACUUUGGAUAAGUUUAUCUUUAAAUUUUUCUCUUGAUAUUUUAGAGUUUUAAGACUAGUAUUUUGGGAUCCCCAGUGUGGAUGAGGGAGGUGUCUUCUGGUGUUCUUGACAUUUUAGAGUUUAAAAACUAUUAUUUCAGUA